AUGUUCUCACUCUCGUCGUCCUAUCUCUGCUCCUUCAAGAACGCGGUAGCCGCGUCGCAGACGUCCUCACGAAGCUCUUCCCCAGCGUCCUCCUCGACGGCCCUUUCCAUCCCGGAGCAGAAUGCGCUGCAGGCGGUGCACCAAGAGCAGCUUGCCCGAGUAGCCAGCGCGACUCUUCCUCGGCUCGCCGCGCUUCAUUCACGUCGUUUUCUCGGCCUCGCACGCGAGCACGUCAAGGCCGCAGAUGCCAUGUGGACGGCGCAGAAGCUGCAGCCCGUCGCAUACCGUCGGUCACUCUGGGCUGAGGACAUCGAGCCAACACCUAGGGACGAAGGCGAGACGAAGAAGCGGCGUAAAGAUGCUCGGAUCGUGCCCGAUUUCUACCACCGACACAACCCACGGUGCACGAACUGCGCGCUUCCCCUCGUCCCGGGAAUCAACCUCAUUUCGACGCGAAAGACUGCCUUGAAGCAAGCUGCAGCAGCACGCGGCAAGCUGAGACGCAAACCUAUAUGCACGCUCUGCAACCACAAACAGCGAACCUCCUAG